AUGCACUCGGGAAGCUCUAGCAGUUACAGUUUUGGUUCUGUAUACAAAAGAGUUCUUUCUAGCAAUGGAGCAAUUAUUGCAGUUAAAGUGUUAAACCUUCAACAACGAGGAGGUUCCAAGAGUUUCAUUAAUGAAUGCAAUGUUUUGAGAAGUUUACGACAUCGUAAUCUCCUUAAGGUUAUCACUGCUUGCUCAAGUAUUGAUCAUCAAGGGAACGACUUUAAGAGUCUAGUUUUUGAGUUCAUGUCUAAUGGAAGCCUAGACGAGUGGCUGCAUGCUAUAGAGGAUGAGCAACAUCAAUGCAAGAGAUUGAGCUUUAUUCAAAGACUGGACAUAGCCAUGGAUGUUGCUUAUGCAUUACAAUAUCUUCAUCUCCAUUGCCAAACACCGAUUAUUCACUGUGAUUUAAAGCCAAGCAAUGUCCUCCUCAAUGAAGAUAUGGUAGCCCAUGUUGCUGACUUUGGAUUAGCAAAGUUCAUCAUUGAGGCAUCACAUAAUCCCUCCAAAACUCAAAGUAUGUCAGACUUUUCAGUUGCAUUGAGGGGUUCCAUCGGGUACAUUCCUCUAGAGUAUGGGAUGGGUGGCCAAAUUUCCAUACUUGGAGAUAUUUAUAGCUAUGGUGUACUCUUGCUAAAGAUGUUCACUGGGAAAAGACCCACCGAUGACAUGUUCAACAAAGGUCUGAGCAUUCAAAAGUUUACUGCAAUGACUUUGCCGGAACGUGUCAUGGAUAUAAUGGACUUGUCAAUGCCCUUUGAAGAAAAUGAAGAUGAUGAUGAAACAAAUAACGUUGACAUAGUAGAAAGAACAAUAAUCAAAGAAGUUGAUCAUCAUUUUAAUACUAGAAGUAGAGUGGUGGAUUGCUUGAUCUCAAUGUUGUAG